AUGAUAAAAGAUGUCCUCAAAAUUGCAAUUCCUGCCAUGUUUGCAUCAAUGUCAUUUGGAAUCGUUGAAGCAAUGAAUCUUAUAUUUAUGGGAUUCCUAGGUGAUGCAACUCUAAUAGCAGGAGUGGGUUUGGGCAAUGUAUAUAUCGUAAUUUUUGGAAUCAUAACAUUGUGUGGGUUUAACAGUAUACUUAGCACAUUGGUCUCUUAGAGUUAUGGCUAGGGAAAUUUAAAGCUAUGUGGUACAUAUUUAAAUAGAGGAAGAGUUGUAACGAUCUUUGCCUUCAUCCCUGUAGCUUUUAUAAUGCUAAAUGCCAAAUAUUUCUUUUAAAUAACUGGUGUUUAAGAGAAAACUUCUGAGUAAGCACAGCUAUAUAUAUGGUACAUGUUGCCAGGAUUAUUUCUAAAUGUGCAAUUUGAUCAGCUUAGAGUAUUCUUGAACUCCUUUGGAAAGACUUAUGUUUCAAUGUAUGUUUAGAUCUUGACUUGCGCUCUUCAUUACUUUUGGAGCUACUUGUUUAUAGACCAUCUUGGAAUGAACUUAAAGGGCACAGCAUAUUCAAAUACUUUGACUUAACUAACAAAUAUCAUAUUGAUUGCCAUUUUCAUCAGCUUUGAAAAAGAUAUUAAGGAUGCAUUCUUCUGGCCUGAUAGACAAUCAUUUGUUGGAUUAUGGAGCUAUGUUAAAAUGGCUAUACCUGCGAUGCUCCUUUGGGGUAUAGAAUCAUGGGCUUUUUCUGCAUAAACUAUAAUGGUUAGCACAGUUUCAAACAAUAUGGCUGCAGCUCAAUCAAUUAUCCAUAAUAUUAUGAUGCUUGCAUUCAUGAUUACAAUAGGCAAUACAUAUGCCUCCUCAGCUCUAAUUGGUAAAUUCAUUGGUUCAAAUGAUAUUCCAAAAGCAAAGGCUUACCUAAGGGUCUUGACAUACUUUGGUCUCUUAUUAGCCUUUAUUUAAUGGUUUAUAGUGUAUUUUUUUGGAAAGUAUAUCUUCUAUAUUUUUACAGAUGAGGAAGAAGUUUAGAUUUUAAUUCAAAAUGUUACUUAUCUGAUCGCAAUGAAUGCUUUCUUUGACUGCACUAUGGGAUGGCUAAGUGGAGUAAUUAGGGGACUUGGUGUUUUGAAAAAGGCUCUAUUAGGAAUUGUGAUAGUAUUCUAUUUUAUUGGCAUUCCUCUCUAGUACUAUUUGCUUUUCAAACAAAAGAUGGGGUUGGUGGCCAUAUGGACAGGAAUGCUAGUUUCGUAGGUAAUAGUAACUUUCUAUUAUCUGUACUUAAUCCACAUUCACACUGAUUGGAAUAAGGCUGCAGAAGAGUCAGCUUCUAGGGCUUUGAAAGAAAAAACUGAAGCAGAGAAAAGAGAUCAAGAUGCUAAAGACAAAAAAAUGUAGCUAAGCAAUAAGUUGAUUGCUUGA